AUGAACACCCCAGCCAAGGCAGCAGCGCGACGGGCUCGACGCCAAGACCCUGCGGUUAGAGCCCGGGAGGCCGAAGCGAAGAGGGCGCGCCGUCAAGCGGACCCGGAGGUGCGGGCCAGCGAAGCGCGCCGUCAAGCGGACCCUGCGGUGAGAUGUCGCCGAGUAGAAGCAGCUCGGGCUCGACGCCAAGACCCUGCGGUGAGAGCCCGGGAGGCCGAAGCGCACAGGGCUCGCCGUCAAGCAAACCCGGAGGUGCGGGCCAGAGAUGCGCGCCGUCGAGCGGACCCCGCGGUGAGAGGUCGCAAAGCAGAAGCAGAUCGGAAGCGGCGGCAAGAGAACCCCCAAGUGCGGGCGCGGGAUGCCGCGGCUAAGCGUCAAAAGCGGUUGCUACCUGAGGUUGGCGGCGCCGACGCGCGCUUCAAGCGGGAUUUCCUCGACCACACCUUCGGCCACAGCUGCAAGGUAUGCGACCGCUUGUGGUUCGACAAUAACAUGACCAUAAUCGCGAGCAUCCGUAACGAGCAGUCCCGCGCCAACGCCGUCGCAGUCUUUGAAAGAGAGUUCCCUGUCGCUGCCACGCCAUCGGCCCCGCCGACAGACUUCAGUACGUACAGAGUUUGCUCUACGUGUAAAAGCGCUCUGGUGGCGGGAAAAGUUCCUACGAUGAGUGUUACGCACGGGUACCGAUAUCCUCCCCGGCCCUCUCACCUGCCUGCUCUCAACCCCGUUGAAGAACGCCUGAUAGCUCCACGUCUGCCAUUUAUGAGCGCCAGGCGUUUGACUCACGGCAGCGGCCAGUACGGCAUAAAGGGGCAGGUGGUUAAUGUGCCGAUCGACGUGGCCAAGACUGUGCAGUGCCUGCCGCGGAACGUGCCCGACGACGCCGCCUUUGACGUACACAUCAAGCGCCGGCUCGUUAACAAGCCUUGCUACAGAAAAGGUCUACCACCAUCAAGGGCACCUAGCGCCUUCACCAGGCCCCAGACGCCGGCCCGCUCCUCGCCCGACUUCGUGCAGUGCCCAACUCGCGCGUAG